CGCUCUGACGUGGGUGCCCCCCCUCUCCCCGCCCGGAUUAGUGGCAGCUUGGCCUGACUCUCCGGGGCUCCUUCCCCCGCCCCCGCCUGCUGCCCUCCCCUGGGCAGGGGGCUGCUCCGCCCGAGGGGCACUUGUGCUUGCCCAGGGUGCUGGAGGAGGAAACCGGCGGAGCAGCUUCCCCACUCUCAGUUGCGCGUCUGGCGAUGGCGAUCAGAGGUCCUGCUGCGCUCUCCGCCGGGCUCUCCCUCCAUUAGCCGCGCUGCGCCGUGUUGCGCCCCCGCUGGUGCCUCUCUCCCGGGUCGCGGGAUCGGCCCCUCUUCCAGGCACGACCCCUCCCCCCCGGCCCCUCGGCCUUUUCCCCAUCUCGGUCAUCUCCGACCCGGGGCGCGCGUUCCCCCCGGCCCGGCUCCCUCUCUCCCUCCGGGGGCACCCGCUCCCUAGCCCCGGCCCGGCCCUCCCCGCGGCGCAGCACGGAGUCUCGGCGUCCCAUGGCGCAACCCACGGCCUCGGCCCAGAAGCUGGUGCGGCCGAUCCGCGCCGUGUGCCGCAUCCUGCAGAUCCCGGAGUCCGACCCCUCCAACCUGCGGCCCUAGAGCGCCCCCGCCAC